AUGAGUCAAAAAUCAGUGACGUCAUUAACCUCGUUGGACUCCGGAGUCCGACCGGCACCCAGCGGGGCUGCCUAUGUCGCUGAGAGGAACACAUGUCUCAACUUGUUCUCGAGAUGGAACGAAACAGAUCAGGUGGAGUUUGUGGAACAGUUGCUGGCUCGUAUGUGUCACUACCAGCAUGGACACAUCAACGCCUACCUCAAGCCGAUGCUGCAGAGAGACUUCAUCAGUAUGCUGCCGAAGAAAGGUUUGGACCAUGUAGCUGAGAAUAUUCUGUCAUAUCUGGACGCCGGGUCGCUCUGCGCGGCUGAACUAGUAUGUAGGGAGUGGCAGAGAGUCAUCUCUGAAGGGAUGCUGUGGAAAAAACUGGUUGAGAGGAAAGUCAGGACGGACUCGUUGUGGAGGGGGCUCGCUGAUAGGAGGGGAUGGAUAAUGUACCUGUUUAAACCCAAGCCUGGCUGUCAGCAUCCUUCUCAUUCCUUUUACCGUCAAUUGUAUCCCAAGAUCAUUCAAGAUAUUCAGUCCAUAGAGGAUAAUUGGAGAAUGGGACGGCAUAACUUACAGAGGAUAAACUGCAGAUCGGAGAAUUCUAAAGGUGUAUACUGCUUGCAAUAUGAUGACAACAAGAUAGUCUCCGGCUUGAGAGACAACACCAUCAAGAUAUGGGAUAGAAAAACGUUGCAAUGUGUUAAGGAGCUGCAAGGUCAUACUGGUUCGGUCCUAUGUUUGCAAUAUGAUGAGCGAGCUAUUAUAUCUGGGUCUUCGGACAGCACAGUUCGAGUGUGGGAUGUUAAUACUGGGGCCAUGCUCAAUACACUGAUACAUCAUUGUGAAGCUGUACUGCAUCUGAGGUUCUGUAAUGGAAUGAUGGUCACUUGUAGUAAGGAUAGAUCGAUAGCUGUAUGGGACAUGUCUUCAACCACGGAGAUCAUGCUGCGACGUGUACUAGUAGGUCAUCGGGCAGCGGUCAACGUGGUGGACUUUGAUGAGAAAUAUAUAGUCAGUGCCAGCGGUGAUAGGACUAUCAAGGUCUGGAAUACAUCAUCAUGUGAGUUUGUCCGGACAUUGAACGGCCACAAGCGUGGUAUAGCCUGCCUCCAGUACAGAGAUAGACUGGUUGUUUCUGGCUCCUCGGACAAUACAAUCAGACUUUGGGAUAUAGAGUGCGGACAGUGUAUACGAGUGUUGGAGGGACACGAGGAACUUGUACGGUGUAUACGGUUCGACAACAAGCGUAUUGUGAGCGGGGCCUAUGAUGGGAAGAUCAAAGUGUGGGACUUGAGAGCAGCCCUCGACGUUAGAACACCUCACCAGGACCUGUGUCUACGAACACUAGUGGAGCACACAGGCAGAGUGUUCCGACUGCAGUUUGAUGAAUUUCAAAUAGUGUCUUCGUCACACGAUGAUACAAUUCUUGUGUGGGACUUCCUGAACUACGGUGGGGCUUCGCCCGCCGCGCCUCCGCCCCGUAGGGCUUCACCCGAACACGACAGGGCCUUCUAUGACUAG